CUUGAUCAAAUGCAAGGAUUAUUAUUAUUGCACAUCUUCUGAACUUGAUUUUGGAAAUUUAUCCUGUUAUACUGGAGGACUUAAACACAGUGGUUGCUAUGGUCAAGAAAGUAUUCUGCCAAAGUCCAAUGUGCUGGCAAUCAAUACUUGGAACUUAUGGAGGCGAAGGAUGGAAUUGAACCAUAGAUGCCAGUCUUUGUUGUUCAGAUGUGUUGGUGCUCCUGGGUGAAGGCUGUUGAAUAUUUGGAUGAGUACUUGUCUGUCUUAGCAGAAUUUCUUCAAUGAACUGCAUCAGAGGCCUUAGCAGUGAAACAAAAAUGAAAAAGCUCUUGAACAAUAACGCUGCAGAGAUGCAAGCCCAAACAACUUUUGUGACAGAGCACUCAUUUGAACUCACAAAACUUACUGAAGAAUGUCAGGUAACAGCUGUGCCUCAGGGCACAAUCUGUACUUACAUUCGUUUAUUGAUUUCUGUGCCACUGCUGGAGUGUAGGAGUACAGACCAAAGACAGUGCAAACAUUGGCAGCCUAUUCUGAGAGUGAGGGAGAGGCUUGUGUCAACCUUUUCCAGAGAAUCAUGCAAGACAGAAGUGAAAGGGAGGAGGCAACACAAUGUGUAUUUGAAAGUCUUAAACACAUUCUGAAGAUACAGUUGACUGAGAUGGAGCUGUUCACUGAAGAUCCAAAUGAUAAUAGAAAUGAGCAACUUGCAGCUCGUUUGCAGUUGAGUGCUGAAUGCUUCCGCUGUCUCCGAAAUGCUUGCGUGCAAUGUGGCAAGAACCAGAAUCUCAUAAGGAAUGUGGGCCUGGUCCAACUCGCCACUCAGAUUCUCCAGGUUCUUCACCGGUUAAAAGGUUUCCAGGAGGAUGUCUUGUCAGCAGCAUUUCGAUGUGGUCUUCAGUUCCUUGGAAAUCUUGCCACUGGGAAUGAAGAAUCUCAGGGUGUUAUUUGGAAAAAUGCAUUUCCAGAUAUGUUCCUAAAUUAUCUGAAGUGUUCUGAUGAGAAAGCCGUUGCCUAUUGCUGUAUGGUGCUGUUCAGCUGCCUCAGUGCUGAGCGAACAGACGAUCUCCUGACUCACGACAGAGGAAUUGAACUGGUUAAAACGGUUGUCAACAUCUGCAGGACAGAACCUGAGCUCGACUGGGCGUGUCUGCUUGUGACAGACCAGUUUCUGAAGUGUCCAGAUGUAGUGGCUGCUGUGUACACUAAAUUGAACAACCGAGAAAGGAUUACCUUGCUGGAUCUGAUAACUGCAAAGUUAAAUGAGAAGAUGCCAAGCUCUGUAACAGCCAGCACUGAUGCGAGUGUGCCCAUGAGGGUAGUACAAUUUCUGGCAGAGUGCUUUAAGGAGAACUGCAAGGCGGUACUGGGGUUUGCAUCUGCUAUUGAUGAGGAGGAUGAGGAAGCACUCAUUGUAAUUCGGCUUCUUGAUAUUCUCUGUGAAACAACUUCCAACCAUGAUCAGUUCAUUCAUUUGCAGAACUCUCCUGGAUUGGUGGAGACUGUUGUAGAACUUUUGCGUCGGACGCACCUUGCAGGAAAGCAAAAUAGGAACAUCUUCAGUGCAUCCCAGUCGUCAGCAGUCACAGACACCAUCACUCAUCCUGCUAUGGGCUUUAAAGCCCAUUUGAUCCGUCUUAUAGGAAAUCUUUGUUAUGGUAACAAGACAAAUCAAGACAAGGUUCGUGAAAUCGAUGGCAUUCCACUCAUCUUGGACAACUGCAGCAUUGAUGACAACAACCCUUUCAUGAGCCAGUGGGCAGUGUUUGCCAUCCGGAAUCUGACAGAACAAAACAUCGAGAAUCAGCAAGUAAUAGCCCAAAUGGAGCGCCAAGGUGUGGCAGACAGCACCAUGCUGAAAGGCAUGGGAUUUCAGGCAGAAGAGCGAAAUGGGAAGCUCUAUUUGAAAUCCUCGAAGAACAACCCAUGAUUGCAAGACGAAAAGGAUAAAAGCUUCAUCGUAAAGCUCAAGGUGGUUUCGUCUGUCAUUUUUCCAGUUCUCAUUAGCUCUUAUCCCAAAGAGAAAAUAUAGAACUCAGUGUCGAAGUGGAGUAAUGAUAGGAAGUUGAUCUUGUUUGAAGAGCAAGAGAUUAUUUAACAAUGUUUGGAUUAUAAGCAGUGUUGAUAAGCACUUCGAGUCCUGAAUUCCUAGAUGUAAGUGAAAUAGAUGAGGUUUAAAGAUCAGCAAACAUUGGGUUGGUAACGUACAAGUAAACAUUUUUCCUCACAAAACGCAUGGGAUAAAUCAGCAGGAAUUAUACUUGACUCAACAAGAGAAGACGUGGAUACAAUUCAACUUGGCACGAAGAAACAAAAACAACAAACCAACAUGAAACACAAUAAUAAUAUCUUACAGGUUUCAUUAAUCAAAUGGCUGUGCGAUUUAAUGUGGGGGCUCCAGUGAGGGGAAUGAUUUGCUAUGGGGUAUACUUUGAGAGAAAUGUGAAAUGCUCGACAAGAAAGAUAAUGUGAGAUUAGAAUGUGAUGUCAAGGAAUUAAAGGUUAUAAUCUGCUACA